UUGUCUGGACCAUUUGCACCUGCGCUCCUGCCACAGAGGCCACCUCACCAAAUAAGGGCACGUGAGCGACCACUGCAGCGAUGACGUCGAGGGGGAAUUAGAAAACGCACCGGAGAGCGCGCACGGUUGAGAUGUGGACAUAAAACCGGAGAGGGGGGACCGCGCGGGGGUCUAAUCUGCUUACAGAAGAAGCCAUUCAACUCGCGCAAAGUCGCUGCACUAAUCCGCGGAAGCGUUCGCGUUCAGCUGUCCCGCGGCGGCGCGUCACGCGGGGCGCACACGCAAAACAAUCGCGCGCGCGCGCGCACUUGUGGCUCAUACGCGGGGCGGACGAAAUCAGAUAAGCGCGCGUAUACGCGCGAACGUGUUCUCUGCAGAAGCUGCCACGCGUCACGUUGCAGGAGUGGAACCGGCGGUUUGUGCUGUCCGCGCCGGUGACGAUCCGCUGACGCGCCACUAGCGGCACCUCCCCGGGAGAGACGGGAGAGGAGAAGGGAGGAGAGGGGAGUAGCGCGCUUCUUGCUUUCUUUUUUUCUCCCGCCUUGACACGCCGUGGAUAGACGCCUCCCGCUGUGCAGGUCCCGUGGACGACAUUUGACGGCAAAAUUCCUCCCCCCACCCCGCCUUCCCUCCUUUUCCCCCCCGGUAGCAUCACCCAGCAGGCUCUUCUGCAGAGAUGGAGGUACCAGGCUUGGCGCACAACAUCACCAGUCCGCUGAGUCCCUGCGAGGGGAUGAUCAAGGACCUGAGCUUGGACGCCUUACAGUUAUGCGAGCGCGAUGGUAGUAUCUCUGAGAUGGAGGAGCUCCCUGUUCCUCAGAACAUCAAGAUCAGCAACAUCACCUGUGACUCCUUCAGGAUCUGCUGGGACAUGGAGCCGCGCGGCAAGGAGCGCAUCACGCACUACUUCAUUGACCUGAACAAGAAGGAGAACAAAAACUCCAACAAGUUCAAACACAAGGAUGUUCCUACCAAGCUGGUAGCCAAGGCAGUGCCGCUGCCCAUGACGGUCCGAGGUCACUGGUUCCUGAGCCCCCGCACAGAGUACACCGUGGCCGUCCAGACGGCGUCCAAACAGACGGACGGCGACUACGCCAUCUCCCAGUGGAGCGAGAUCAUCGAGUUCUGCACUGCCGAUUAUUCCACAGUGCAUCUAAACCAGCUGAUGCAAAAGGCCGAGGUCAUAGCGGGCCGGAUGCUGCGCUUCUCCGUCUUCUACCGGAACCAGAAUAAAGAGUACUUUGACCACGCCAGGGAGGCGCAGGACAACCGGAUGCUGCAGUCGGUGAAAGACAACAGCGGCAGCCACGGGUCGCCCAUCAGUGGCAAGCUGGAGGGCCUUUUCUUCAGCUGCAACACCGAGUUCAACACAGGCAAGCCUCCGCAGGACUCCCCGUACGGCCGCCACCGCUUCGAGGUCAAGGCCGAGACGCUCUUCAACCCCGACACCAACCUUUACUUCGGAGACUUCUACUGCAUGUACACGGCCUACCACUUUGUCAUUCUGGUCCUGGCGCCGAAAGGCUCCGCGGGAGACGACUUCUGUAAGCAGAGGCUGCCCGCGCUGGACAUCGCCGACAACCGCUUCCUCACCUGCAAGCAGGGGGAGGCGGGCGACGGCGGCCUGGUGUUCCACCACGCCCAGGACGUCAUCCUGGAGGUGAUCUACACGGAGCCCGUGGACUUGGCGUCGGGCACGGUGGCCGAGAUCAGCGGGCACCAGCUGAUGAGCAUGUCCACGGUGAACGCCAAGAAGGACCCCAGCUGCAAGACCUGCAACAUCAGCGUGGGACGCUAAGGAAAGGUGCAUUUUAGGACGAGGGGGGGGCGGGUGGAGUAGCAUUGACCGACCUCUAAACACAGACACACACACACACACAGUAAGUCCACAUGUACUCAUGAAGCAGACCGAAACAUGCAUGAAGCAGCAGAUUUGAAAGGCUCCCAGAUGUGUCCUCUGAAGAGACAUCCAUUCCCAAAGAAGAGAGGACACGCUCGGACACCUGCUGCUUCGUCUCCGCAUCUAAAAAGGGUUCCCCUCGAUGUAAAAGAAGAAAAAAGAAAUACCUAAAGAUUUCCCACGUGAGGGACCACCAAGAACACAGACCCUUCCCCUCGGCACCGACUAAACCCUUUAACUUUAUUAACAAACAUGGGCUGCUUCUGUUCAAUUUCCUGUUUCUCUUUAAACUCUUGUCCUAUCUUUUAUUAAUGACCUUUGGUGUGUUAUUAUUGAUAUGCUGAUGAUUGAGUGUCUGCAGUUUCUUUGCAGACGAGCAUUUAGUGGUUUCCGAGUUACUUUAGCUGUCGUUUCCGAAAUGUUUUCAGAGCUUUUCUCCUCCUAGUGGACCGGUACUACAGUGUUCUAGAGCUGCAGCAUCCUUGGUCAUCUUUUGUUGUACCAAAGGUAUUUAAAACCAGACAUGACACCUCUGUAGAAUCGUAACAGUACUAAUGCAACAGCCUCUAAAAAUGUGUAUUCACUAAGUAUUUGACCACGUGUGAACUAAUUAACCUUUAAAAAAAAAAAAAAAAGCAUGAUGCGGCAGCAUGCGUGUGAAAGCUGUUUGUACCUCAACCACAGCAACCUUUUCUGUAAUAGUCGUUAUUUUAUCGUAGUCUGUGGAAGGAAAGAAAGAAAGUAGAACCAUAAACUGUUUAAAUGUGAAAAAAUAUUUAUUUUUAUUGAUACAUUCAUAUAUAUAUAUUAUUUCUCUAUAUAGAAAACUAUAUAAACCAGAAGUGCACAAUGUCAUAAGCAUUGUCAACAACUGCAUUCGAGGGGGAUUUAACUUCACACAGGCAAAAUGGGGGGAGAAACGCCAAUUUGAGGACAUGUAGAUGUUGCACCGGAAUGGCAACAUUUUAAUUGAUCAAAUUCUUAAUGCAUAUCACAGCACAAUGUAGGACUACACAACUAACAUGCACAAACACAACAUGAUUGUCUCAUCGAUUGCAUUCAAGCUGACACCUAUUUUUGCAAAGAUAACAGUUUCCACAUUAACUAUGGACAGAGCUGUCCAAAAGAAAAGGCAAGUAACAAGAGUGCCAUAACAUGCGUAUAGUAAUUGUGAAUUACUAAUAUGUAAUUAACAAGCUCAGCAUCCUUGACAUAUAUAAGUGCUUCAGAAAAUACACUGUCAUAAAUGACAUGUAUUUGGGACAAAAACUGCAUUUCAUUUACUUUCCAUCAGCGUUAUUCAUGUAAAGUGCAUAAACAUCAUGAGCAUGGCACGAAACAACCAAUCAAGUCCUGUUAAAUAAAUCCCACUGUGAGUUAACUCAACUAGUCUUGGUUGAGUCCUGUUGUUUACUGAGCAGGGCCUCGAGGAGCCGGCGCUUCGCUUUGAGGUUCUUAUACUGGCAGUACUCCUCAGCCAUCGGCCCGCGGUCCUCCUUCUGACAAGCCCUGUUAACCAUGAAUAGAGAAAAAAGAAAAAGAUGCAAAGAGAAGGCAGAACUUCAGUAGUUAGAAAACAACCUGCGGCAGCUUCCGUUACCGGUUGAUAGUCCCUAUGUUGCCUUACUCCGAUAGCUUUGAACAGUGUGUAUUGUAAUUAAAAACGUAAUGUACCGUUUAGUUUGGGGGACUAACAAGUAGUACAGUUCAGAGCAAACGUCUUAUCUCUUUCCUGAGCUCUCUGUGCUUUGUUCCCUGCGUUACGCCGUCGUACUCUCACGAUGGAAUUUCUUUUGAGGAUGUUUUUUUUUUUUCACAAGGCAUUGUUGGAAACCAAAUGUUCCAAGUUUAUUUAAAGACUAAAUAAAAAAAAAUUCAAAUGCCAA